AUGUCAGACGGAACCGAAGCCGAGAAAUUCAAGCGGCUAUGGGAAGAGGCGAAACAACGAGCUGAGAUCGCUGAGAAAGAGAGAGAGAGAGAACGGCAACGAGCCGAAAGAUCUGAGAAAGGGAGAGUGGACGCUGAGAAAGGGAGAGAGGACGCUGAGAAAGGGAGAGAGAGAGAACGGCAACGAGCCGAAAGAUCUGAGAAAGGGAGAGUGGACGCUGAGAAAGGGAGAGAGAGAGAACGGCAACGAGCCGAAAGAUCGGAGCAGCAGUCUCGACGAACCACUCUCCAAGAAUACAUUGCUGCCUGUCAUACUUCGGUAUUCUCCAGGCUUACUAUUGAAACAGACCCGAAAUUCACUUCCAAGGGUUCCAUCACCAACCCAAAAGACAAGUGGUGCCCUACUACUUUACAACCGUGGCCCGAUUUUCUUGAGCAACAACGGUACGCCUUGGGUAACAUUUACGACACCUUCCCUACCGAGACACGCGUAUUCGAGAGUAAACUCUUCCUGGACAGUCUGGGGGACAGGGUGUCGAAACGACGAAUUGUGGAUGAGAGGGCGCUCGAGUGGUUCCUGCACACUAGUGUGGAAGACCCAGUCAGAAACAUCUUCGAGCAGCUCAAAGCAGUACCAAAUAUCCGCAGCAAGUAUAACAUCGGCGACGGAAUCAUUUUCGAGAACCAUCCACAUGCUAUUAGCGACAUCGCCGAGGAAGUUCUGGAGAGUGCGACGCCGUCCACACCACCAGGCCAACAAGUAGAUCUCCACCAGCUGCGAGCGGACCAAAUCUGUAUCUACCGAUCCGAUAGUGCACAUUCGCCAGGACGUACUAUGAUCUAUGUUUCGGAGUACAAGCCACCUCACAAGCUUACUGCUCCCCAUCUUCGCCUUGGCCUACGCCCAAUGAACAUUUACAAGGAAGUUGUCCAACGCGAAACCAUUCCAACUUCUAUCGAUCCGGACGCCCGAUUUCAAUACUUUGCAGAGAAGUUAACGGCAUCCGCAAUCACACAGACCUACCAUUAUAUGAUUGAAGGGGGGCUCGAGUAUAGUCUUCUGACGACUGGCGAGGUGAUCGUUUUUCUAAAGAUCGACUGGAGUGAUCCAGGAACUCUGUGCUAUCACCUAGCAGAGCCCGACCCAGAGGUGAAAGAACACCCGAAUCACUUGGACGCAGUAUCAGUUGUCGCUCAAUACCUGGCUUUCACUCUUCUUGCUCUUGGAGUACCUGGAGAGCGUCAACAGCAUGGACAGAUGGAGCGCGAGAAAGCGAAACUAAAUUUGAACAAAUGGGCGACAGACUUUGAAACGAUGCUACACACUAUUCCGAGGGAUGAGCGAAAGAAAACACCAGAAGGCUCGCUUGCCCCCAAACCCAGAACGUACAAAGACUUUGAGCGGGAGCCGAUUAUUCUCCGUUGGGGGAGGAAAUCCCGUGCUACUCAAAACAGGUGUAAUGAUACCAUUCCACCAAGGCAAAACCCAGCAGAGGAGUCAUCAGAUGACGAAUCGUCGCCGAAGCCGCCAGAAACGCCAACGCCGGCCGGAAGAGCGACCCGACAGAGCCAGCGAAUUCUGGCGCAAAAGACACGUGAUGGUGGUGGUAGUGAAGGAGGAGAGGCCGGAGUGACUGAGGCUGCGGCUGAGGCUGAGACUAGUCCCAAAACUGCCGAUCAUCGAGACCGACCAUACUGUACGCAAAGAUGUCUGCUUGGUAUGGUCAGAGGACGGAAACUAGACCAAACAUGUCCAAAUUUGGACCUUCACCGACUGGAUCGCAAUCCUAAGCAAGCUCGUCACCCCGUCAAUCACAAACAAUGGCUCAACAUGCUUCAAGAGCAGCUUAAGGAGUCCUUAGAUGAUGGAAUUACGCCGUUGGGGCUUGGCGGUGCACGCGGGGUGCUUUUCAAGGUGACCCUGCUUACGUACGGCUAUACCUUUGUCGGUAAAGGCACGGUUCGAGUCUUCAUUAAAGACCUUGAGCACGAAGCGGCUGUGUACAAGCGUCUGCAGCCGAUUCAGGGCGUGUACGUACCUGUGUUUCUCGGGGCGAUUGAUCUCCGACUGAUGAACAAGAUUUACUACUACGACCACCGAGUUUACGUGGUGCACGUGACAUUUUUAUCCUGGGGGGGAUGUGAAAUCUCUGAACCAAGGGAGGAUAGCAACACCAAGGAAUCGCUGGAGCAACAAGCAACUCUGUCGCUGCAAGCUCUGCAUCGACUGGGGGUUCUGCACAGGGAUGUACGACGCGCGAAUAUGUUGGUCAACUCUGAGACCGGUGGUGUCAUGAUGAUUGACUUUGAGCGAGCCGAGUUGCCUAAGCGGUCUCGCGAGCAUAAAAAACACAUUCAUCAUUCUGGGAAGGAGGAGCAGAGAGUAAUUCCUAGUAAGGAAUAG